AUGAAUUCACAGAUGUUAUCUCAUUUCAUUCUCAAAGCAGUUUGCCCAGAGAUAGACAGCUGGCAAUCUGCUGCAAAUCCUGAGACUCCAAACUCAACCAUCUCCAGAGAGGCCAGCACCCAGUCCUCAUCAGCUACAACCAACCAAGGCUACGUUUUACCAGAAGGCAAAAUCAUGCCAAACACCAUUUUUGUUGGUGGAAUUGAUGUUAGGAUGGAUGAAACCGAAAUUAGAAGUUUCUUUGCUAGAUAUGGUUCAGUAAAAGAAGUGAAGAUAAUCACGGAUCGAACUGGUGUUUCCAAAGGCUAUGGAUUUGUUUCAUUUUACAAUGACGUGGAUGUGCAGAAGAUAGUAGAAUCACAGAUAAAUUUUCAUGGUAAAAAGCUGAAACUGGGCCCUGCAAUCAGGAAACAUAAUUUAUGUGCUUAUCAUGUGCCGCCACGUCCUUUGGUUUUUAAUCCUCCUCCUCCACCACAAUUUCAGAAUGUCUGGAGUAAUCCAAACACCGAAACUUACAUGCAGUCUCCAACCAUGAUGAAUCCUGUAACUCAGUACGUUCAGGCAUAUCCUCCUUAUCCAAGUUCACCAGUUCAAGUCAUCACUGGAUAUCAGCUGCCUGUUUAUAAUUAUCAGAUGCCACCGCAGUGGCCUGCUGGGGAACAAAGGAGUUAUGUUAUACCUCCGGCUUACACAACUGUUAACUACCACUAUAAUGAAAUUGAUUCAGGAGCUGAAGUUUUGUCAAAUGAAUGCUCAGUUCAUGAAGCUACUCCAUCCUCUGGAAAUGGCCCACCAAAGAAAUCUGUGGACCGAAGCAUACAGACAGUGGUAUCUUGUCUAUUUAAUCCGGAGAACAGGCUGAGGAACUCUCCUGCUACUCAAGAUGACUACUUCAAGGAUAAAAGAGUGCAUCACUUUAGAAGAAGUCGGGCAGUGCUUAAAUCUGUUUGA